CACACGUCAACAUUAACAUCGAGUUGAGGAAUUUUGUUUCAUCAUCAUGAGCAUCCUGGACCAAAUACAUAGACAGAUUGCUCACCGGUUACAUUUUCCAUAGGAAGACUAGGCCCUGGGUGGGAGAUGACCAAAGAGGAUGUCCUGGUGCCAGAGUCUUCAGAGGGGGACACUGACCUGGGCCGUCACAGCACGUUGUCCCACAGUGGUGUAGCGCGCCCCACCAUCCACCAGGUGGCCUCGGCCCCCAUGCCCACUGACUGCGAGUUCUCCUUCUUUGACCCCGAGGAGGCCCAGUGCAGGGAGGUGCUGUUUGAGUCCAGCACCACGGUACCGGAGCUGUUUGCCGUACUCAGGCAGUGGGUGCCCCAGGUCCAGAAGAAUAUCAGCCUGAUCGGCAAUGAGAUCCUAAAGAGAGGCUGUGGUGUGAAUGACCGAGAUGGCUUGACCGACAUGAGCCUCCUGCACUACUGCUGCAAGGCGGGGGCACCCGGCAUAGGUGACGCAGACAUGGCGGCCAGCUUCGCCCAGCAACUCCUGUCCCUGGGGGCAGAGCCUGGUCUGCGGUCGCGGUGGACCAACAUGAGUGCCCUGCACUACGCCGCCUACUUCGAUGUGCCCCAGCUCAUCCGGGUGGUUCUGCACGCCUCCCAGCCCGGGGAGGUAGACACCACCUGCAGUGACUUUGACUUCGGCACGGCCCUGCACAUUGCCGCCUCCAACCUGUGCUCCUCUGCAGUCAAGUGUCUGCUAGAACUGGGAGCUAACCCCACCUUCAGGAACGAGAGGGGCCAGUGCCCGGCCGACGUGGUAUCCGAGCCCUUGGACAUGCUCUUGGAGAUGGCGGACGCCGCCGCCCUGGCCAAGGAGCUGCGCAGCCUGCUGAGGGAGGCCCUUCCCCGGCCCUGUGCCCCCCUGACCCUCCCUGCCCAAGAUCCAUCAGGCCUCUCCAACAAGGCUCGGCUCCAGCUCAUCACCAUGGGCAUCCAGCUGGGCGACCGCGUGGUCAUCGCCGGUCAGAAGGUGGGCACUCUACAGUUCUGCGGCAGCACCGAGUUCGCCGGCGGUCUUUGGGCCGGCGUGGAACUCGACCAAGCGGAGGGGAAGAAUGACGGAUCCGUCGCUGGAGUUCAGUACUUUUCCUGCCGCCUCAAACACGGGAUCUUUGCACCCCUGUCCAAGAUCAGCAAACCCUCAGAGCGAUGCAAAGCCAGCACCCAGAGAAGUGCCACCCCAAUACGGCCCUCUCAGCGCAUCAACCUGUCGCGCGUCACCUCCAAGAUCAACACAGGUUCUCCAUCCACCCCAAAAUCACCUGAUAAACCAAAAAGCUGCCCAGUUCCUGAACAGGGCACAGAUGACACCCCUGAGGCCAAGACAGGUGCUCUGUCUCGUUCCCUCUCUUCCUCUUCAUCCUCCCUGGACUCCAGACAUGGCCUGACCGUGCAACCUCGGCCGUUUCCACGACAACGGCCUCCCGCAAGGCAGCGGCGGGAACGGCUUCAGCCCAGCUCCAAAACCAUGCCCCCUCCGACCCGGUCUAAUCCCAGCCCCAACCUCAUUGUACCCCGGAGCCGGACUCCCUCGGCCAGUAGCUCCGUGUGUGACGGGCCCGAGGUGCGCCUAGGGGAGAGGGUGUUGGUAGUGGGCCAGAGAACAGGGGUGGUCCGCUUCUACGGCAAGACCAACUUUGCCCCAGGGUUCUGGCUGGGGAUCGAGCUGGACAAGCCCAGCGGGAAGAACGAUGGCUCGGUCGGCGGGGUGAACUACUUCAGCUGUCCUCCCAAACAUGGUGUCUUUGCCCCUCCAUCGCGUGUACAGAGGAUCCAUGGCUCUAUGGAUUGUCUUUCAGAGCUGUCCUCCUCACGUCUCAACCGUCCUUUUGCUAGAAUCAGGCGCAGCUUCAGCACGUCGACGGCCAUCGCUGCCCAGAAGGAGCAGAGCCAGAAGAGUACCGUCAACAGGUCACGUUCCAACUCCCACCGUCGGCGCUGGAGCACCCUGAGUGGUGGCUGGGGUCCGGGAACAGGUGGCACAGGAAGCUCCGGAGGAACCACUGCCACCACCACCUCGUCUGGCUCGGACGCCUCAGUGCGCCUCCACCUGGGCAUGCAAGUGCUGCUGAGCAGUGCGAACGAGAUGGCUCUGAUCCGCUACAUGGGCCAGGCUGACUUCGCCCCAGGCCUGUGGCUAGGCCUGGAGCUGCGCACCGCCAAGGGCAAGAAUGAUGGCCAGGUGGGCGACCGCCGCUACUUCACGUGCCGCCCGGACUACGGCGUGCUGGUGAGGCCCAGCCGUGUCACCUACCGCGGCAUUAAUGGUGCCCGGCUCGUGGAUGAGAACAGCUGAGGACACUAGGACCCAGGGGUUGGGUUGGGUUAGGUGGGUGGGUGGGAAAGCAGUAGAGCAAGCAUAUCGGAGAAAGGUUUCUGUUUUUUUGGGGGGGGUGGUUGUUUAGCGAUUUUCCUUUGUUCGUUUUUUCUUGGGUUUUGUGUUAGUUUCUUUUGCUACUUGAAAUGUCCCCCAAAAACAACACUACCUAAUUAGUUAUUGUUAUAUAAAUUUAAGAAAUGUUUUAUUUUAAGAUGUAUGUUAUGGUGGUGUGGCGAGCCUACAUUUUAACUACACAUCAGCUAGUUUGUCCUAUUUACUUGCUGAUUUACCUGUUUUGUUUUACCUGUUUACUCUACCCGUUGACCAUCAAUGGACACUAGAAAUCUAGAUAUUACAUUUCAAAUUGAGACUACGAGAGUUGUCAUGCUAUUGAACACACUGUAGGUAUGAGGCAACAUAAGCUUUGCUUGUCAUAGAUAGGUUUGAUAGGGUGAAAGAAAAUCAUUUUCAGAAAUAUUUAUACUUAUAAUUUUACUGUGUGAUAUGAUUUAAUUGAUGGAAAUGCACUUGAUUGAUGGAAAAUAUGUAUAAAUCCGAUACAGUAAAUGAAUACUUCCAUUCUUCCCUAAGCUCCCUCACUGUACUGUAUGUAGAGAUUUGAACUGAUAUCAAAGCUAACCUCUGGUCAGCAACGCAGCUAAGCACCUUAAAGCAAGACAAUGUCCUGGUACAGAGGUACUAAAAUAUCCCCUGUUUUGAACACUUUGGAGUAAAUGGAUAAGGCUGUUCGUGAUGAUAAUGCAGGGUUAUCUGGAUUCACUGCUGACUGUCCGAAAUGAGCAAGAAUGUGCACUGUGUUUGGCCAAUACUGAAUUUGAAUUCACUGCCAACUUGUGCUGAAUUGCUAAUUGACCAUCAGCUCCUACACCCUCGGCACUGCUGUGGAUCUGAGUAGAUUGGAUGGGUGGAAGCAAUAUGGUAAUAGGUUCACCUUGCAUUCUGAUUGGCUGGGUAUAAAUAUUGCUUAUACCUAUCAAUCGGUUUCAGAUCUAUAGGAGAGCAUAAAGGAUAUGGGCUAGGUGUUGUUUUGGAAUUCAGCCAUAUUCAGCCAUUAACGCUAUGGCACCACUUGAGUACUGGUAUAGUGCCGUCAAGUGAUGCCAAUUUAUACAAUUAUGGUCCUACACUGACGUGACACUCAUAGGCCUAUUGAUGUAUGCUACCUACUUUUGGUCAGAUUGGACACCCCACUGGCUCUGUGACAUAAGAUUUGUCUAAAGAUAACUUCCAUCUGCACGACUGCUAAUGACGUCUUAUGUCGUCCUUAUGACAAACUACAAAAUGCUUUGUGAAAGCUGGUUUCCGUGAAGCGCAUUCCAAAGUUAUAUACCGAUAAAGAUUACAGUCUUGACAAGUCAGCAGGCAACAAGCUAUUGAUUAUAUCUGUGGAGAAAAAAAAGAGACCUUAUUUAACACAAGCUCCAUGUGCCAUCCAAUAACAAAGGUAGAACGCAACAGUAGCCCAGAUUCUGAAUGCGAUGUACCAUCGAUCGGUCUGGUUGGGCCCUAUGCAAUUGAAAUGUGUUGGCAGGACGAAUCAUGGUUGCCUGAGAUAUUCGCCUGAGGUUUGGAGAUGAAAGAAGCUCGGUGGUAUGAAUGCUAAUUCAACUGCUCGUAUCUUUUCUCUGUAGUCAGUUCUGUUAUUUCUGUAAGUCACCGUCGUAACAGUCAGGUCUGUUAUGGUCAUUGUUGUGGCAAUUGAGACAAUUGUGUAACAGUCAUCGCCUUUUCAGUCAAUUCUGUAAUACUAUGACUUAGUACUGUUGGGUUCUAUAAUGUCUUCUCAGAUGACACAUAAUCGGAAAGCCCAAGUUAAAAUGCACUUGAAAGUCAUUGGUUGCAUAGUGUGUCUGCGCAGCGAAAGGGUUUCAGUAUGGAAUAGUGACACGUAGUGUAAAAAUUGUAUUUGUAAAAUGAAUAAAGAUUCUAUUCUAAUUUCA